CCCCUCCAAUUAUCUUCCCUUUCUCGUCAACCAAACGCUACUUUCGCGUUUCUCAAUUUCUUCACAAAUGGCUCGUACCAAGCAAACAGCUAGGAAAUCGACCGGUGGCAAGGCUCCACGUAAGCAGCUAGCCACAAAGGCCGCUAGGAAGUCGGCUCCGGCCACCGGAGGAGUGAAGAAGCCUCAUCGUUUCAGGCCUGGAACUGUUGCUCUUAGGGAAAUCAGGAAGUACCAAAAGAGCACCGAGCUUUUGAUCCGAAAGCUACCAUUCCAGAGACUUGUGAGAGAAAUCGCUCAGGAUUUCAAGACCGAUUUGAGGUUCCAAAGCAGCGCCGUCGCCGCUCUUCAAGAAGCUGCCGAGGCCUAUCUCGUAGGACUGUUUGAGGAUACCAACUUAUGUGCCAUUCAUGCAAAGAGGGUUACGAUUAUGCCUAAGGAUAUUCAGCUUGCUAGGAGGAUUAGGGGCGAGAGAGCUUAGGUUGGUUUGUUUUUAGUCACUUGAUGUUUAGGAUUAUAUAUUUAUGCUCUUUGUUCCUUUUACUUGUAUUAGCUUUCUCAGCUAAUGAUUAAUGUAAGUCGAUGUAAUUUCAUUCGAUGCCAUGAAAUUUCCUUCUGUUUACUUGAAAUAUGCUUAAUGGAAAUUGAAAAGUUUGUUCACG